UCUCAGCAGAUCUGCAGCAGAGGAGCUAGCAGCUAACACGGAGAUAAUUGUCCUCUGAAAUACGCAGAGGAGAAAGCUGGAUGCGGCUAGGAGCAUGAAAACACCGAAAAGACGGACUGAAGUAUGAGUUAACGUGCAGGGAGCCGCUAACGUUCAGGAGGAUCAGGCGUGUGUGACAGCUGCAGGAUGCCCAUCCCUCCCCCUCCUCCCCCACCACCAGGGGGACCCCCACCUCCCCCCACCUUCAGCCAGGCCAACACCAGCCCCCCCAAGCUGAGCAAAGAGGAGUCUAAAGGUCGCGGCGCUCUGCUGUCCGACAUCUGUAAAGGCACCCGGCUGAAGAAGGUGGCGGUGGUGAACGACCGCAGCGCUCCCAUGCUCGACAGUAAGAGCCAAACACCAAAGAGCCAAACACCCGUCACUGACCACCCAUACAUUCGUUUAUACCAAUACCUACACCAGCAGCAGAGCCAGCCCAGACAGCAGGGGGCGCCGUCCGAGGAGCAGCAGAAGACUGGGGGAGAUACGAGCUCUGCUCUGUCGCUAGAGAAGCCCAAAGGAGGCGGAGCAGCAACAGGGGGAGCCAAUGGAAGCACAGCUGGAAGUCCAUCGGGUUCUGCUCCACCAAUAGGAGGGCUGUUUACGGGCGGAGUCCCCAAACUCAGACCAGUCGGAGACGGUUCAUCUGGACGUUCCCCGUCCACUCGAGCUGCCGCACCGCGCCCACCCAGCCAUCGCCAUGACGACACAGACAGCCCCUCCCCUCAGGCGUUAUCGCCGAUGGAAACAAGUCGUACCCAGCGACCCUCUCUGCCCAACCUCUCCUCUUCUCCUGCACCUUCCUCCCCUUCCUCUGCAGCCUCCUCCCCCUCCACCAGCAUGAAGCAUUCCUCCUCUGCCCCGCCUCCCCCUCCUCCCGUCUGUCGUCGCGGCAACGCCCCCUCUCCUCCAUCAUCCUCCACUGCCUACAACAGAGAGAAGCCCCUCCCCCCAACCCCUAACAACACUCCUCCGCUCCCCUCCAAACCUCCCCCCUCACCUGGGAACACCAGACGGCCUCCAACCUCAGGAGGAAACCCCGCUGCCUCUUCUACUUCCUCCACUCUAGCUCCGCCCCCUCCUCCUUAUCGAAUCUCUAACGGUCCCACAGGUGGGGAGGCGGCGCCAGAGCUGCCACAGCGUCACAACUCCCUUAGCAACAAGAGGACCGCCCCCUCACCUGGAGGCCACACACCUACAAGAGGCCCUGCCCCGCCACCUCCUCCUGCCUCUCCUACUCCUUCUCAGCAGGGCGCCAACAGACCGCCACCUCCAGUCAGGGAUGCUUCAGGUAGAGGAGCAGCUCCUCCUGUCCCCACUCAGCCCUCUUCAUCUUCAAGGGCCGGUGGCAGAGAAGCCCCGCUCCCCCCUCCCUACAGGACACACGGUAGCCCCUCCCUCUCCUCUGACCCCCCUGUUAGAGGAAAGCCUCCUCCCCCACCAACCCGCACCCCAGCUGCUCCUCCCCCGCCUCCCCCACCUCUCCGCAAUGGACAUUCCUCCUCCACCACCUCCUCCAUCCCUCGUUCAUUUGUGGAUGAUUUUGAGUCCAAGUAUUCAUUUCAUCCUCUGGAUGACUUCCCUCCUCCUGACGAGUACCGACACUUCACCAAGAUCUACCCGAGCAAGGCUAACAGAGUGAUGAGAGGAGCUCCUCCACUGCCACCUGUCGGCAGGUGAACAAUGACACGGACGUCACAGCUGGACCACAAACUCCCAUUAACUACCCUCCAUCCUGUUUGACUACAUGACGUCCAGCUUCAUUAUCAUCGUCGCCUACAUCACCGCCUCAUCAGAGAUUGUGACUGACUGGCUGAGGAGAGCACUGAUCUGAUUGGCUGACGCAGCAGGACCGCAUUAGACCGCUCAGGACGUCUAGCAGAGUGGUCAGAGUGAUGAUGAUGAUGGGCUUCCUGUUCUGCAAGGUUAUUCUAGCUUCUUUUCUCAACAAAAACUCCCUGCAGGUUUUUUUUUCUUUGCACUUGCACUUUUUGUUUGAAACUAGCUGCUCCACCUGUCUGGAGAAGGGCAGUACAUGGAGCUGAAGGCUGCAGCAGGGGUCCGCAGACUCUGGAUAUUAACUAAACAAAAUAAAACACUAAAUGUGUUGCGAAGCAAAAUCUGGAUUAUGAACAUGAACAGUUCAACAUUUCAAGAAAAUAUGCUUGUCAUACUUAGUUUCUCUGAGAGUUUCAGAGGAGUUAAUGUAACAUUUUUGUCUUAUCAAGCUCAGUUCAAUGAAUUGUGUGAGUGUUCGUCUCCUCUCUGUAAAUCAGGAGCUGCAUUUGUUGGCUUAAACCCCUUUUAUAGCAUUAGAAGUAAGUUAAACUAAACCUCUCCUAAAAACGAACACAAGGUCAUAAAUUAGCAUGAUAAGAACUAACGUUAUGACAGAAAUCAUGUUUAAGAAAACUUCUUUUAACAAGCUUCGGUUGUCUGGUUUGACCCAAUCCUGCUUCUGAAGGACUGCAGCCAGCCAGUAGGGGGCGCGUCAGAUGUUUGAGCUUCACUUUUUAGGGUUGGCUCAACCUGGACAUAAGUUGAAUCAGCAAAAUGUUGAACUCGUUCUCGUUAUGGAUGUUCUAAGUCACAAGACAACAUCCUCCUCAUCUCAGCUCCUUUAGGAGGCUGGAUUUGGAUCUAGAAGGUUCUCGAAAAGUACUCCGAGACCAUUUCACUCCGAAGGAUUAACCGUUUACAGACUGACAGGACGGCAUGUGUAACAUCUUUAAAUACUCAGCUCACCUGCAUCAUGUCAGCUCUUUGACAUGCUUUAUUUUGGCGGGACGUGACCUGAUGUGAUCUCCCACAGAGACCUGGAUACGUUUCUGAGGAGGUUGAGUUUAUAUAAGUGCCAACAUGGACAGAAUAAAGUUACCUGACCCCCUCAGACUCCUUCCCUGCUGCAGUUAGCCCGGCAGGGCGCAUCAUGUUGCUCUAUCGUGAGGGGAUGGAAGGACAGACAAUCACAGUCACACAGGAAGUCUUCCACCUGCAGCAUUUUACAUCCUUCUAUCAUCCCUAUGUCCUCCCAUCCUCACUUCCUUCCCUCUCUCCUAGAUAUUUUUUUGCCCUCUUCAUCACCUUCUGUUCUCCCUUCAUCCCUCUAUUUCCUUCUUUUAUGGCCCAUCUUUCCCCUCCUACCAACGUCGUUCCUUCUCCCUCUAGCUGUCACUUCCACCCUUAACCGGGAACACCUUGAGACCCUCUAAAAGGAGCUGGAAAAUGUUGCUUAUUUUCCUCCAUCAUUCUGUCUGUCCUUCCCUUCUUUUUCAAUACAUCCUUCGUUCCUUUUUAUCCUUCUCUUCCUCUUAAGAACAUUUUAAAAUGUUCUUUUCAAGUCGUCUUUCUCUGAGCGUUUUGCAUUUGUCACUAUGAUAAAGGCGCCUAUUUUGUUUUAAAUGCAGUGUUAAAAAUUACCCAUAAUUCAAAGUGUUUCAUGUGAUGACAGAAUGAGAGCAUGGCAAUCAGGUGGAGACAACAUAGCAGAGCUGAAGUAGGCAUUUCUGGUGCAGCUUUAUCAGCUUUCAAAGUGCAUGGAAGAUGAAUAAAGCCUCGAAGAAAAUGGAAAUCUCCAGAAAUGCUUGAAGUUUAGAGCCAUGGUUCUCAGCUGGUGGGUCAGGACCCAAAAGUGGGUCACAGAGCUGUUUUCAGUGGGUCACAGAUCUGUACCUGGAAAAAUAUAUAUCCCAAGAAGUCUUUGUUUUAUUAGUCUUUGUUUUAUUACAUCUUCUGUUCCAUUUUAAGUCCAAAUUGUCCCAUUUUUCAUUAAAAAUAUUUGGUUAUAAUGGAAAAACAUAGGAAAUGUGGGUCACAAUUUCAUAUUGAGGAAGUGGUGGUAGGUCCUGACACUAAACCAGUCGAGAUCCACUGGUCAGAGAACUUUUGUAGACCAACAGGUUUCAGCUUGUUGCCUUCAUCGGGAUCAUCCAGACCCAUGACCCUGAUGAAGGCUGAAACCAUCAGUCUGAUGAAAUUUUUCUCUAAACUACAAGUCUUGCUGGAGAUUUCUGUUUCCUCCAGGUGGAGACAUGAAAAAUACACUGACAAGGUUGCGGUAUUUGAGAAUAAAAAUCAUUAUCAUGAGGGAAAAAAAGUCAAUCAUAUUUUUUGUGAUAAAAUCUCAAAAAUAUUAAACAUAAUGACCUUCAAAUUUAGAGAUUUAAGUGAAAACUCAUAAUUGAAAUGUGUGAUGGAUUUCUAAAUGUGAAUUUAAUUUGUUAGUCAUAAAUAUUACUGCUGUAUCAUUUGUACUUGUGGGGUUAGUGUUGCAACUUUAUCAUUAGACGUAGAAGAAGUACAAGACUAUUGUACUCAAGUAAAAGUACAGUGACUCUGGUUAGAAUUUACCUAAGUAAAAGUACUGGUCUGUAAAUCUCAAGUAAAAGUAUUUAAUUUAAAGUUUACUUCAAGUACUAAGAAGCUAUUGUGGAGUUAUAGAGGAAAAUUGUGUUUUUUCUUUUGGGAUAGAACAACAAGAGAAUAGACCAAAAUUGACUAAAUUAAUUGAACUCAUAGACUUAAACUACACUUUAAAGUAUUAAAUGUUUUACAGUAUGACAGAGCUGAAUGACCCCUAAAAGUCAGUGGCAAGGCUGGUCUCCUCUAGCAAAAACAACACAGAGUCAACCUCAUAGCAAAGCAAUUCAUAUCAACGCCCUGUGCAUCCUAGAGCAUAAACUCUAAUUCAGUGGAUAGCUUCAUUCAUGGUACAAAUGUGUUGAACAACAAAAACAACAAUGACAAAUAUGAAAUAUGACAUAAAGAACCCCAGCAGGGAUCACUGUACAACAUCUAAACACAACUAAACACAUGUAAACACUCUGCCCAAAGGCAUGAUGGGAAACUCCGCCCACACAUCCACACAGAUUUUAAAUUACAGUGGACAGAGCUAAGACUCUACAGAUUUGAACUAACACUGGUAGAGCAAAACUGUCCAGUAACUUCCAAAACUGAGGACCAUUUUACUCUAAAUGGUUUUAAAGUUACACUUUGGGAGUUAAAAUCAACUCUUAAAUUUAUAAGCAUGAGAUAUUAAUUGUCCAUAUUUUGUUGUGUACUACAGCUGUUUUGGAAUGUGAGGUGGAGGGAGUACAGAAGCAUUGUACUUAAGUAAAAGUAUUGUUACUCUGGAUAAAAAUGGCUUAAAAAGAAGUAAAAGUCUCCCCAAAAUACUCAAUUUUAGUCAUCUAAGUAAAAGUAAUUAGUUACUUUCUAUCCCACUUUAUUUCUGUGAUAACUUUGAUUCAGUAAUCUAAACCACAACUUAAGCUUUCGUAAUUCUUGAAAUGAGUAUUUACAAUAAAUUAAGACAUCAUCUGCAUAAAAGGAUAACUUUCCAUUAAAUAAUGGUUUUAUGUCAUAUUAGAAUGAUUUGUACCCUGAAGAUUUGAUUGUGUAUUAUUGAUUUGGUCAGAAAACUGAAGCUUUUCUCAUAAUGUAUUUUUUUUAUUCUCAAAUUACAACUUUAAAUUUAGAAAAAAUCCUAAAACAUUGGCUUCAUAGUCUGCUAAUGUUGCACUUAUCUCAUUUUCAGUACUUAAACUUUGCUAUGUCAUUGUCUCUAGACAGCUUAAUGAACCCAGAUGGAUGAAAUUAAUGGGUUAAUUUCCUUUCUCAGUGCCACAUGUUGACAUUCCUUUAGUUCUACUGCUGUGGUUGAAAUUUAAGUUUAUUUCUAUGUGUUUGGAUCAUGUGGGUGAGCUUGUUUCUGUUGUCACGUAUUAUGGACUGAAAAAAAUCUGCAGGUUAAACUAAUGAGGUUUAUAUGAAAGUUUAGGUUUGAUUUUAUCGAUUAAGUAUUUAAUGAUGUGUGAAGAGCUUCAGUCGCAGUUAAACAUGAUUCACCUCAAACUUAUAACAAUGAAACUCCAUUCACCUCUUUUUAGAGUCAGUCACAUUACUGCUAACAGUAACCUGAUAUUGUAAAUCACUUUUUUGAGGUGUCAUUACACAUACAGGAGAGUUUUUCUAAUAUUCUUUGGACAUUUUUGUCACCUUAUUGCAGAAUUCAAAUUUACCUGUUUGCUCUUGGCUGUUUGGUGAAAUCCUUCAUUCUAAAAUUUGCUAAUUCAAACAUUUUUUUAAACUUGGGAGAAAUAUCUUUUAUUGGUUGAUGAUCAAAGCCCGAUUAAGGGUUGCACACAUGCAGUAGAGAUGUUGGGGCAUCGUUAACUGCGACAGGAAGUCCAUCCCCCUACCCCCUCCUCCUGUUUGCCUUACAAACUGUUUGCUGUAAAACUUCAGUCAUAAACUGUAAAAAGCUAAUAUGUUAAUACUGUUUAAAGUGACUUAUUAGGAGGACAGACAGUCGUUCUAACCGUAGUAAUAACCGUAGCUUUAGACUCAAACUGGGACUGAUGGUUUCAUAGAGUCCCGGUUUAACAGCAUGCUCUCUCUAACUGGUCUCUGUACUCUAACCGCAGCAGUCUGAAAUAAACUCUCAAACAUU